AUUUGCCGACUACAUCAUUUCCACGGCACGGCAUGAGGUUUUGAAGCCAUUAAUUGUAAAUGAUUUAAUCAGCCAAACGCUACUCCGACCACCAUGCCGCGAUGCCGCACACCGAUAGCGCUGUGCUUUCUACUGACGAUAGCAACCCUCUUCGAUGAACUACGUGAGUUCCGCGGAGUCGCUCUCGCCUCCCAGCACGACGCACCGGGACCACGGCCCGUCUACAUCGGGGGAUUCUUUCACCCGUUCUUCACCUCACUUCCCGUGACAGUCCAAACGGCUAUUGACCAUGUCAAUAACCUAACUGGAAUUCUGGAUGGCUACGAGUUGCGAAUGAGGUGGAACUGGACGCAGGGAAACCCUGCAAAUGCUCUCUGGAUCUUGAACGAUUUCGUCCAGCGCGGCCCGCCGGUUGACAUGGUAUGGGGACCCUUUUACUCUAAGGUCGCUAUCGUGGUGAACGAGGUGCUACCACGGUAUGACGUCGUUCAGGUCGUUACUGCAUCCUCGUCAACUCUGAAGGACCGGGCGCGCUACCCACUGACCGUCCAAGUUGCCAAUGACGAGGACCUCCUCAACCCAGCUAGGGUGAGCUUCGUAAAACACAUGGGCUGGCGGAGGGUGGCGCUGGUUUUUGAAGAUAACGUCUACUUCAGACAGAAUACGGCAAACUUGGCAGAGUUACUGGAGAAGGAUAACAUCAGUAUACUGGCCACGGAGGCAGUGACGGAUGCAGACCGGCCCGACGAGCAGAUAGAGAAUUUAAAGCGUCAUGAUGCAAGAAUCAUCAUUGCUGGCUUCUAUCUUGAAGCAGCGGCUAAGUUCUUUUGUAAGAUCUACAAAGCCAAACUUUUUGGCGCGAAGUACGUCUGGAUUUUGCCGGGCUGGUACCCCGACGGAUGGUGGCGUGAUAUGCCUGGGGUACCGUGCACUAAUGAUGAGAUUGCCACGGCGUUGGAUCUGUACCUUGGCUUUGACGGGGACCAGGCUGUGAGUGACGUGUCACUGAUCCAUUUCAACGGAUUGAAACCCUAUCCCGAGCAACUGGACUACCUACAGCGCCUACACGCGAUGGAAGACAACCCACGACACACUUAUGCCUACGACUGUCUGUUCACAAUCGCCUUGGCUCUCAACGGCUCUAUAGCUGAUCUGAAGCAACUAACACCGCCGAGAGGGCUAGACGAGUUUAGCUACGGUGACAAGGACAUGGCUGCAGUCUUUCUGAAGAACACUCUGGAGACGAACUUCGUUGGACUUACUGGUCGAGUUGUGAUCGACAAGGAGGGAGUGCGUCACAGCACCGUGUCUGUGGAGCAGCUGCAAGACGGACACCCUGUACUGGUGGGCACACACUCAGAUGGCGAAUAUGUGAAGAUUGCAAAUGCGUCCAUUGUGUGGAAAGGAUCCGGGAAACCCGUAGACGGUAAAACCGAGACACCGCGGCCCGUCCGACUUUCUGCACCGUAUCAGAUCGCUAUCUUCACCGCAGCAACCCUCGGGGUUCUGCUGUCUCUGAUCUUCCUGGCGUUAAAUUUUGCCCUUCGGAAUCAAAGAGCCAUCAAGAUUUCUAGCCCUCCAAUCAGCAGUCUUAUAGCUCUGGGAUGUCUUCUUCUCUACUCCUCAGUCUUCGUCUCGGGGAUGAAUAAAGUCUUCUUGUCAGAUUCCACCUUCACCGCUCUCUGCUUCGUCGAGGUGUGGCUCAUAUGCGUGGGUAUGUCCCUGUCCUUCGGAUCGCUCCUGGUCAAGACUUAUCGCAUCUUUGCCAUCUUUGAGAGAGCGGUGGCACGGUUCAAGAAAAUCGACCUUCCAGAUAAGAAGCUGAUAUCAAUGGUGAUGCUUCUGGUUCUGAUGGACUGUGUCAUUGUCAUUCUUUGGGUGACCCUCGGUCAGCCGAUGGUCAAAACGAUCAACUUCGAGCCACAGCUUUCUGAUACCGAUAGUCCAGAGAGUGAGAUUUACAUCCUACCAGUGCUGCGACAAUGUGGCUCUGUACAUGAGAUCUAUUUUACCGGAGCCAUCUACGGAUUCAAAGGAAUUGUGCUUUUGUUUGGUCUCUUUCUGUCGUGGGAGAUCAGAAAUGUGAACAUCAAGGGGCUCAAUGACAGUAAAUACAUCGUCUUGUCAGUCUACGUAGUGGCUGUCACCAUUGUGCUCGCUGUCCCUACCCUACAAGUCUUUGUCAACAAUGCUGACAUGCAUUUCUGCAUCUUCGGUGUCGCUGUUGUCGUGGCCAAUACGGCAGUGUUGUGUCUUGUCUUCGUUCCUAAGUUUGCCCUUUGCUACACGUCCAGAGGAAUCCAGCUCCAUAUUAGUAUGAUGGACUCCACGAAUGCUAGCGUCGCCUCAACUAGAGCGCAAUCGUCAUUAUCGAGUAAGGAGAGGAAUCGAUUGGCUGAUCUUACAAGGACACUCAGAGAGGUGAAACGUUUGACCAAAAAAUGAACAAUACACAUGAGCUUUAAUGUCAAAAGUUAUUAAUGGUUACACUGUCUUCGGAAACCUUUUAAAAACAUAUUAACAUAAAAAGUUGAAAAAUCCAAGUGUAGGAAAAAAUGACGUCCUUCAAUUUAAAUUAUUUUUUUUUCAGAAAAAGGAGAUUCUUGCUGACCUGCUUACGAAGUACCGAGAACUCGACCCGAGAGAUUGCUGAUCUACAAGAAAGAUAUCAAACAACUUUAGCACUUAUUUUUUACCACAUAAGCCAAGAAUCUUGCCAAAAUAAAUGUUAAGUAAAUGACUGUUAAUAAUAGUUAGCUGGUGUGAUAAGUGUUUAAGAUCAAACCACAAAACACGAGAUUAAAACCUAAAUAUAGCCAAGCUGAAAUAAUUAGCAUAAUGUUACAAAACAAAUAAAAAGGUGUCUAAUGGAACAGUUUUCUUAGAAUCCUGUUACGGCCUGAAUAUUGAAAGAAUUUGCGUUUGUUUGUUUGCUUAAUACACGAAAUUUAAAUGAUCAUAACAUAAGGUAAUGAGCAUACACCUGUAGAUUUUCCACGAUUAUUCGGUUUACUCCCUUCCAGCACUAAUUUCUUUUGAUUGUUCACUCACCCACCUUCAUGAUAAAAAAUAUUUAAAAUAAGUUUGUCUAGCACUUGGUGCAUAUCGUAUUUGUUUUGUUAACAAAAUAAACUCUAAAUGUGUAAAAUAGUCUAAAUGCCUGACGAUUAUACACUCUCUAAAACACAACACUGUGGUUACACUAUACUGCUGCUUUUAUACAAAUAAAAAGAAGAUUAGUUUUAAUAUUUACAAAAA